AUGAGCUCUCCAUUAAUUGGUCUUUCAUCUUCUGAAAGCGAGAGCUUCAAUUGCAAUAAGCUGUCUAAGAUACACGAUGGAACAAUGCUAAUGGCUGGACUCAGUGCUGGAAUACUACAAUUGGAGUCUUUUGCAGGUUUCGGGAUGUUUUUGGGUGUUUACACAUUGGUGAAUCUACUAUUUAUAGGGUGGAUGUGUAAAUUCAAGCCCAGCUACUACUUUGGUACGCCAAUCCAAACGAUAUGGCUCCAGCCUCUCUUCCGUGAGCUAGCAGGUUUUGUAAUGACGUGGACUUUUGCCUUCACACUAGUAAGGUGA